GCAGAGGGCUUCCACAUUGCACCAUGACUAGUGCUACUUCAGGGCUGUAGGGAAAAGGGCAGUUACUUUUUUGUUCAGCCUUCUCUGUGCUGUGUUUUGAUCUAGCCCAGAUGAGCUCCUUUUUUGUCAAUCCUCUGUACUCCAAGUACAAAGCAGCAGAUGCCAUAAAUUCGGGUUACUACGACUGCCAUUUUGGCCAAGAUGUUAGCAGCAGACACCCUCUGGUCUAUAGCACCAGUCCAGGUCUCCAGCACCCUAAUCAGGACCUUUACCAUCCGGGGAAUCCAGCAGCCAUCACGAACCCUGCAGGCUAUCAGCAGGCUCCUUUUGGGAUUACGUGUCAUGGUGACCCCACUAAAUUUUACGGAUACGAUAACUUACAGAGACAGCAGAUUUUUACGACACAUCAAGAGGCCGAGCUGGUCCAAUAUCCUGACUGUAAAUCGUCCAGUGGCAAUAUUGGAGAGAUUCCAGAGCACUUAAAUCAGAACUCUUCUGCUUCUCAAAUGUUUCCUUGGAUGAGACCACAAGUAGCGCCCGGCCGAAGGAGAGGAAGACAAACUUACAGCCGUUUUCAGACACUAGAAUUGGAGAAGGAAUUCCUCUUUAACCCCUACCUAACACGAAAGAGGAGGAUCGAGGUGUCUCAUGGACUAGGACUUUCUGAGAGGCAAGUAAAAAUCUGGUUUCAGAACAGGAGGAUGAAAUGGAAAAAAGAAAAUAACAAAGACAAGUUUCCAAUCUCAUCACAAGAAGGGAAGGAAGAAGACGACAAAAAGAAUGAAAACGAUGGGGUGGAAGAAGACAGAGGGUGCAUUAACUGAUUCGAUUAUUGUUUAUCAUCAACAACUCUUUUUUUAAAUGGUUGUUAAGCUAAACAUAACCCAUUCUGCACAGAUUGAAACUACCUAAAAUGGAGCUGAACCUCUAGCAGAUCGUUGUUUUGGACUACAAUUCCAAUCACUCCAAGCCAGUCUAAAGCGAUAGCAAUCGGCGCACCCAGUGUGCAAAAGUUAGGAAAUCUCUCCAGAACUAGGACAUUCGUUUUAAGACACGCGUGUUUAAGCCUAUGCACACAAUUUACACGAGGAAUUAAAAAUACUUUACGAAUCUUCUUAUAACAAUGAUUUUUAUAUAUUGGUGAAUCUACCAGAUUUUUGAAUCGAAUGUUGUGCACUUAAUAUUUUAUAGUUAAAUACAUAGAAUUAAAUUAUGAGAAUUAUGUUUUAAUCAUUUUUUUAAUGAGAGAAUAAUUUUAAAGCAAUGAUAAAGCAAACUCACACUAUAUGUUUUAAAUGAGAUCAGAUAAAUAAUGUUAUUUAAAAAGUAUAUUGAUAUUUUCAAUAUAUUAGUCUUAAUUUGCAAAUCGCAAAAUGUAUCACGUACCAAGCCACAUCCAGAUACUUCUGAAUGGUCGGCAUGGUGUUUGGAUAAAAUAGUUUCUUUUUAUAAAGCCAGUGAUUUGAUUAUAUAUUUAUUCUGAUGUGAAUAUUCUCCUCUCUAUGCAAUUAUGUAUUGCAUUUUAAUGCCAAAAAUUUUACAAUUUUUAUAAUUAUAAUAACACUAUGCAAUAACUUUAAAACUAAGGAAUAUUUAGCAGUUUCUCUAAAAUAGAAAUGUUUGUCAAAUUAAAUCAGCACAUCAGAAACGUAUUUAUCAGCGCACACUAUAGCUCCAACUGAAUUUGUUAAGAUGUAACAAGGCUAUGUCAAGCUACAAUAAGAUGUACGUGUAAAUACAUUUUUACACCCACCUGUAUAUUUUUUUGUCUCUGGAAUUAAUAAUAAUAACUACGAUAAAAACGAUAACAAUGAUUUUCCAGUAUUUAUUUUUGUUAAUGUUUUUGCUUUUUAUGAACAAUCACUGUAAUUAGAAUAAAUUAGUAAUAUGUUUUUCAGGUAAUCUGAUAAAGCACACUUCUAAA